CUCAACCCGGGCCGCCGCGCCACCCCCCCGCCCGCUGGGGAGGGGGUGGAGCUUGUGCGUGGCCUCGCACCUUCUCUUGGUGGCGGGAAAACUGGGUCGAGGCUGGAGCGGCUUGCAGAAUCGCUGCGGUAGUUCGCUUCGCUCCUCGCCGUUUAGGGCCUCUUCACUCCAAAAGUAUUCUUUACUGUGGAAGAAAAUUUGUUUGAAACAGAGGAGCAGAAACUUGAGUUGUCAGACAGUGAUUACCUGGCUUUCCUUUCUCUAUUGAUCAGCAGAGGCACAAAGAAAGUGUAGCUUCUGACCUGAAUGAUGACAACAGUGCAGGGUAAAGAAUGUGGGAAAGGACCAAAGAAAACCUUUGCCCCACCUGCACAAAAAUUGCAGAGCCUGAUGCUCUGUAGCUCUGACUCACCCAAGGAGGAGACCCUGGGGAUCAGUUCCCCAGAGGCAGAGGCCAGGCCAGACCUGCCAAAGGCCAGAUCAAGGAAGAAAGAGAAGAAAGCAACCACAGAGAAUGGUCCAAGCAGUGGCCAGGGGGAGAAAAGAAAGUCUCAAGACAACCGGCAAGCAGAGAAGAAAGACAAGGAAAAAUCAAGUCUUACUAAUGCAGAAUUUGAAGAGAUUAUCCAGAUUGUGCUACGGAAGUCUCUCCAGGAGUGCUUGGGGAUGGGAUCUAGCCUUGAUUUUACAGAGACUUCCUGUGCCCAGUCCAUAAGAUGUACACAGUUAGACAAGGAACCAGGAAUUGCUGUUUCUACUACUGAUAAUGAUAAUGCUGAUGGAGAGAUGGUAAUGGUGCCUCAUAUUCUAGAGAUUUCAGCUUCUCAGGAAGAUGGAAUAAUCCCUGAGAUAAAGACAUCUGAGCCAUUCCAGCCAGAUCCUGCACCCUCUGAGAGGAAAUUCAAUAGACUCUCCUUAAGCAAAAGAAAGAAAGAAGCUCAAGAUGGGAAAAUGGAGAAAGCCCAAAGUGGACAUGAGCACAGACAGAAAGACCAACUGAAGAAAGCAGUUCAGGAUUAUUCUCAGAUCAGAGACCCACAGAAAGGAGAGGGAAGUGGUUUUGAUCAAUGCCUAGUCUGGGUCCAGUGUUCCUCCCCAAACUGUGAGAAAUGGAGGCGGCUUCGUGGAAAUAUUGAUCCUUCAGUCCUUCCAGAUAAUUGGUCCUGUGACCAGAACACAGACUUGGAGUAUAAUCGCUGUGAUAUCCCUGAGGAGACCUGGACAGGACGUGAGAGUGAUGUGGCCUAUGCCUCCUACAUCCCAGGAUCCAUCAUCUGGGCCAAGCAAUAUGGUUACCCGUGGUGGCCAGGCAUGAUAGAAUCUGAUCCUGACCUGGGGGAAUAUUUUCUGUUUGCUUCUCAUCUAGAUUCUCUGCCGUCUAAGUACCAUGUGACAUUUUUUGGGGAAACAGUCUCUCGUGCUUGGAUCCCAGUCAACAUGCUAAAGAACUUCCAGGAGCUGUCCCUGGAGUUAACUGGAGUGAAAAAGUACAGGAACAAGGACUGUAGCCAGAAACUGGGGGCAGCCGUGGUGAUGGCUCAGGAGGCAGAACAGAUCAGUAUUCAGGAGCGGGUUAUCUUGUUUGGUUUCCAGAGCCGAUACAACGGAUCUGACAGUAGAGGAGAAGGAAAAGACUUAAUGCUCUCUGGGGCUAACAGCCCAGAUUCCUGCGUGGAAAAAGAAGUGGAAGAGUCAGAGUUGGAGGACAAGGAGGAAGAGAAAAAAGACCCAACUAUGCCCAGUCCCAAGCCAACCAAAGUUCAGACAAAAAAACCCAAGGCAAGAGGCAAAGCAGAUGGACGAGAUGGGACUCUGCAAAGGAAGACAAUGAAAAGACCUCUGGGAAAUGAGUCCAAAGCUCCUCCUGUACCCAUAACGGGAAGGAAAGAAGGGCAUGGGAAUUCAGACCCCGACCAGCCAGGCCCUAAGAAAAAAUUUAAAGCUCCUCAAAGCAAGGCCUCAGUAACCAGCUCAUCUGAGGAACAAGAAGCUAGAAUGGUGCCAAAGGGCCUGAUCCCACCAGCUCAUUGCAGGGCCUGUCCUGCGGUGGGGAAAGAAGGGCCUGGACCCCAGGAGCCACCAUGUCAGGAGGCUGGAAAUUUCCUCUCUGACGAUGAAGCCUCCAGUGACCUGGACCUGGACCAACUCAUGGAAGAUGUUGGAAAAGAGCGGGAGCAGAGGGAGGAGCUGCCGCAUAGAGACGACGCAGAGGAGCUCAUCAUGGCCUUCUUUGAGGAAUAGUUGUGUGCUCUUUUCUCCUUCCUGCUGUCUCACCCUCCUUCCCUGGGAGCAGGAGGGACAGCCUCUCAGAGGGCCCCUGAGAAGCUGAUAAGUGUUGGGGCUGUUCAUUGGCCCCAAGGUUAAUUGGCCAAAUUUGGAGUUGUGCAGUUUAUGUGUUAAUAAAACGGGUUAUUGUUUUAA